AAACUAUGGUUUUGUCAAUGUACAAAAUACAAAAGACUCGAUUGAAAGGAUUAACCGCAGCGGUAAAGAAAUAAUGAUUUAAUAAUAGUGUCACUAUUUAAGGUGGUUAUUUCAGUUAGUCCACGGUCAACAAAAAGCUAUCUUUGUCCCCAAGAAACCUAUAUAAACCCUCACUCGAAGCCACAUCAUCUUUCACAGUCGCAAAAGAGAAGAACACAGAGUAAGUUUCGGAAAAUCUCGCGAAUAUUUAAGAUAAAGAGCUUAGCCUCUCUCUCUCUCUCUCUCUCUUGCUAACUUUCUGCAGAAGAGAAGAAACAGAGACACAGAGUAGGUUUCUCGUGAAGGUUUAGGAUCAAGAUUCGUCAUUCAAUCUCGCUCUUAAGAUUUCUUGGGAUGGAAGUAAACAGAGAUGAUGCGGAUGAAUUUCUCCAGAACUUUUUCGAACAACUAGAGAGUCUAUCAUUAUCAGAAGAAGCUGAAGUUGCAGAAACAACGGAUCCAUGGAAUAUCAACGCUCUUCUUGAACCUUUACCAUCUCAAUUCCAGAAACAAGCAAUACCACAACAGGCACCAACGUAUGAUGCAGCAAGAUUUUUAAAGAACCUUGAUCAACUCUUGGGACCAGAUACAGUUUACACAGAAGAUCAGUCUGUACAAUUCGGAUCUAACAAGCGUACUAUUGCUGUUAAUCCAACUCAACAAUUGUUCAGCUCAAAUCUAAAUCAAUGCUACAGGGCUGAAACAAGUACACGAAGUAUCAAUCCAACUUUUCACACUGGACGUUCUCCAUCUCAGGUCUUAUUCACAGUUCCAACAGAGUCUAUCCACUUCACGCAUGUUGGUUCCUCAGUUGAUACUUGUGCUUCUUCUGAUUCUAAUCAACACCAACCGAGGAAAAGACAGAGACGGUGACCAAUCUGACUAUAUGAUCCAGUGGUUAGGAUUGAUGGCUACCAUUUCCACAUGUAAUAUUCUUUUUAGCCUUUUUAGACAAUGUGUCUUGCAUGGUAGUUUUAGACUUGCUAAGACUCUCUAACACAGGAAUAUACAUUCAACUAUACGACGAAUGAUAUAUUUAUUUUCUGCUGCUAUUGCCAUUGCUUUUUUUUUUUGGUAGUGAUGUAGGAUCACAUACAGAGAGAUCAAAUUUGUGAAACUUGUAUAAAUAUAAAAUAUAAGAACAGUAGUUGAGCGCUUUGGCAAACAUGCGCCUGCCUAUGCUUGAGUGAUUACUAAUGUACUUUUUUUUUUUUUUGUAACACACACGAUUAUAUUAAAUCUAAAAGAGUUUAAACCAUUACAUCCGGAGCUAAGCUCAACGGUAACAAGAUAAGAACCCGAGGGAUCCUCGACGGUUUGAUGAUCAUAAAACAUAA